CCACCGUGGUGAGGACUAAAGCCAUCACCCCAUAACCUUAGAUUUAAACUGAUAUCUAUACUCAGUCUUAUGCUCCAAGGGGUUAGCAAUUGUAAACUGUUUCCAGUGUUUGUAAAACAAUAGCAAUGUCAGACAGUGACGAUGAUGUGCCUCAGUUGUCAGCUGAUACAUUUCUAGCUUUGCAAGAAUUUUAUCAAGAACAAGAAGAAAGGGAAAAGCGGUUAGUUUCGUCAGCUGACGAAAAUGCCACAUUUGAUGAGGACUGGCAAUUAAGUCAGUUCUGGUACGAUGAUGUAACUAUUGAAAGUUUGGUUAAUGUAGCGCUGAAAGAAGUAGGACCAGAUGCAAAAAUCGCGCUUAUUUCAUGUCCAACUCUGUAUAAUAAAAUUAAACAAAACAUGAGUGAUACAGGAAAAGUAACCUUAUAUGAGUAUGAUCCUCGUUUUGCAAUAUAUGGUAGCGAUUUUGUGCCCUAUGACUACAAGUCACCACUUGAUAUUCCACGGGAUCAAGCAAGUUUUUAUGACCUCGUUAUUGCCGAUCCACCAUUUUUGUCCGAUGAAUGUCUCACAAAAACUGCAUUGACAAUAAAGUUUUUAACUUCUGCAAAAAUUAUGUUGUGCACAGGUGCAGUAAUGGAAAAUUUGGCACAGCGUCUGUUAGACUUAAAGAAAACUCCUUUAAAACCCCAGCACAAAAAUAAUUUAGCGAAUGAAUUUUAUUGUUAUUCCAAUUUUAAUGUUUCUAAUAUAUGAUACACACUUUUUUAUUUA